CUGUUCAAGUGCUGGUACGAGGACGUGCAGAACUACUUCGCGAUCCGUCCCGGCAUCGGCCUCACCGACGCGCGCGUCUGCUACGCCCAGUCCGCCGACGGCGUGCACUGGGAGAAGCCGCGGCUCGGCAUCCGCGCGAUCGACGGCAUGGACACCAACGUGUGCUCGACCUGUCGCCGCGGGCGCGCGCCCGGACGCAGACCGUCAUCCUGGACCCGGCGGAGAGGACCCGUCGCGGCGCUGUCAAGAUGCUGUACGUCCAGUACGAGCGGCACGACCGCCCGCCGCCCGGGCUGCGGGCCGACGCGCACUCGUUUCCGGCGCAGAACCUGUACGGCGUCGGCCUGCUGCAUGCAGGUGUCCUCAGACGGCGUGCGCUGGCAGCCGCAUCCGGCCAACCCGAUCAUCCCCUACUGGGCCGGUGACGUGGAGAUCCUCACCUACGACCCGAUCGACCGGAAGUACGUGCUGUACGGCCGGGCCCGCAAGUGGACCUCGCCGCGUGCCGGGUUCGCGGCCGGCGACAUGCCGGUGUGGCCGGACAAGCCGGACGGCGUGUGGAACACGCGCCGCUGCGUGCAUCGCUUGGAGAGCGACGACUGCCUGAGACUGGUCCGAGCCGGUCAUGGCCUUCGAGGCCGGCGCCGGCGACAACCUCGACGACGGGCUCUACGGGUUCGUCCCCUGGCGCGUGACGAGAUGCACCUGGGGCUGCUCAACGUCUUCCACCAGGUGGACAACGUGAUGGAGUCUACUAGCAGCACGGCACGGACAGGCCGCCAGUGCCACCGUCCCCGCUGCAGAGGCACCGGCCGCUCAUCCCGCGCGGCCGACCGAGCGUACAGACCGCUCGGCGCCGAGCGACGCGCGUCCACAAGACGCCAGAUCGAGUCGGACGACGAGGUCCGGAUCUACUACGGGGGCAUGAACGUCCACCACGACUGGUGGAUCUCCGGCCAUGCGGCGCGGCCUGGACCUUCCCGAGGUCCACGACCAGGAGCUGUCGCGCGACGGCCAUCACCUCUGUCUGGCGACGCUGCGGCUGGUACGGCUUUGGGUGUCUCUAGCGCCGGGUCUACAACCGGACAUCGUGAGACCAAGCACGGUCGUAUCUCGAUGCGCCCUUGCGUUCGAUCAAGCGCCUGCUGCGGCCCGGCGGUUCGUGGAGCGUCGAGCGUCACCGCCGACCCCGCCGGCAGCCAGCUCUAG